AAUGCAAUCAAUGAUGUUCUUUAGAUGUUUUACUAUUUCUUAAGUCAUAUUGGCUUUUUUAUUUCUUUGGUGUUUGAGAAGUCUAUGCAAUUUGAAUUGGAAUUUAUUUUUUGUAUUAAAUAAAUAUACAUUUUGAAUGGAAUUGGAUGUAGAGCGUUUGUAUGGUCAUUAUCAUUUUUUAUUUACAAUGUCGUUUUUCUUGUAGGUUCCUGCCAUUUACUGUCGGUUUAGAUUAUUUGUGUUGUACUCUCCAUUUGAAUAUCAGGUUGCUGUCAUUUAUUGUCGGUUUAGAUUAUCCGUGCCGUACUCUCCAUUUGAAUAUCAGUGCAAGGACAUAUUUACAACUCGACGAUGGUACAGAGUUGCUAGAUGCUGUGAUGUUCGGUGAUGUUGCAGAAAACAUAUUCUCAUGUACUGCAGUUCAAUUAAGAUCAUAUUCGGACGAGAAACAUAAGUUGUUUGUCCAAAAAACUACGAAGCAAUUAUCAGCCAAAAAAUGGAGAAUUCAGUUGUACGUAGAUGCAAACCGAACAAUGACUUCAAAGUACAAUCAGUUCACCAUUCAAGCAGUUGAACCAAUGGAAGAUUAGGAAGAAGUUACUUUUUUUUUUUUUUACAGUAAUUUUAUUUUAUUUAGUGUUGAGACUUUUCUUGCUGCUGAGCUUGUUUUUCUUUCUCUUGACUUGUUAUUUAUGGAUUUACAUGGAGUAGUGUAUGCAAGUAUUUCAUAUA